AUGUCGUCGGAGGAAGAUGAGAGUACAAGGAUCUCUAUCGAACCGGAGAAGCAAUCACUUCUUGAUCAUCACACCGAGAAUCACUUCACCGCCCGAGAAAUCGUCCGUGACAUCAUCAUCGGUGUCUCCGAUGGUUUAACCGUUCCUUUUGCACUCGCCGCCGGUCUCUCUGGUGCCAAUGCUUCUUCUUCUAUCGUCCUUACUGCCGGAGUCGCCGAAGUCGCUGCCGGCGCUAUUUCCAUGGGACUCGAGAGAGAGAAAGAGAGAAUCGAUUCAGCAAUGUCGUCGGAGGAAGAUGAGAGUACAAGGAUCUCUAUCGAACCGGAGAAGCAAUCACUUCUUGAUCAUCACACCGAGAAUCACUUCACCGCCCGAGAAAUCGUCCGUGACAUCAUCAUCGGUGUCUCCGAUGGUUUAACCGUUCCUUUUGCACUCGCCGCCGGUCUCUCUGGUGCCAAUGCUUCUUCUUCUAUCGUCCUUACUGCCGGAGUCGCCGAAGUCGCUGCCGGCGCUAUUUCCAUGGGACUCGGCGGGUUUGAACUGGGAUUGGAGAAACCUGAUCCGAAAAGAGCGUUACAAAGCGCGUUCACGAUUGCAAUCGCUUAUGUUCUUGGCGGUUUUAUACCGCUACUUCCCUACAUGUUCAUACCGCAAGCCAUGGAAGCGGUAGUGGCGUCUGUGAUCAUAACUCUGUUCGCUCUCUUCGUAUUUGGCUAUGCAAAAGGGCACUUCACCGGCAGCAAACCGCUAAGGAGUGCGUUUGAAACCGCCUUCAUAGGAGCAAUUGCCUCAGCGGCUGCUUUUGGUAUGGCUAAAGCGGUGCAACAUUAG